CCCAUGACUCGCACAGUGCGCCCAUGUCCAGGCCAAAUGGAUUAUGCGGGUUUGCGUUUUCUGAGAGAAACAACUACUAAGAACAUCAAUAGAGGAAAGUAUAUCCGUUUUGUCAUAACAUAGGUGAUUGUUCGGUGUCGUUACUUGCAUGGUGACAGUAGCGUGAACUUGGCGUGCCUCCCAAUGUUCCGUGCUCAAUGUGGCUUGCUGGCUAAUCGGCGCCGUAUAUACUCCCUCGUCGCUAUCAUACAUACUUUGGCAUGCACGUGUACAGGACCUGUAGAGGCCAAUCCCCUUGCCUAAGAUGUUUCCCUUCGCUGAGCUUUGUCAGGCUAACUCUCCACAUGCCGGCGCACCCUGUCUUCGGGACAGCUAGUCAUACAUUGCUCAGGUGUGGUGCUUGCUAAGACGAGUGGUUACCACAGCAGAUCACCACAGCAGUGUGUGUUGCCGUGGAUCUCUGCAGUGUUUCUACUGUGGCACGUUUUAUCCUUAAGUUGGCUUUGAGCCCGUGUAUUAUGUGAAAGCUACCGACGAUAUGCCAGGCGGCUGCAGCAGCGGCCGGUCCACCCGGCAAUGAGGUGACAUGAGGCCUCCAGGGGCCUUGCUGUGGCCUGCGGAGGCUGCCACCAAUCGUAACGAGUUCGCAAGCGUCCUGGGACUGGUCCAAUGGGCAAUUGCAAACAAAAUCAGGUUCACAGGAUGCAGGCCCGAUAUUCGAAACGGCAUCCGAGGUGUUUACGCCACCAGCGAUAUCAACGAGGGAAACAACCUCGUCGCUGUACCAUGGCAAUCCUCCCUUGUCGUGCGCCCGGGUGAACGCUGUCCGUUUCCGGAUUUCAUACCACAAGGCGUUUGGUCCCAGCUUCCUUGGUUCGCCCAGCUGGCAUGUAAGCUUCUGCACGAGCGAGCACUGGGUCCGGCCUCGCGCUUCGCAGACUACUUGCCCGUGCUGCCUGAACGCAUCGACCUGCCGGCGCUAUGGCCGGCCGAGCAUGUACGGCAGCUGCAGUCCCCCUAUUUGGAACAGCAGAUCUUGGACGAGCAGGAGGAAUGGGCGGAACUGUACAACCGGGUACGGCGGCACCUCGACCGGCGCGGCCUCACUUGCACCGAUUUCUUCUGGUCGCUCUCCUGCGUCCGCAGCCGCACCUUCGCCGGGCCCCACAUCCCCACUCCGAUGCCGGCCAAGGUCUUAGUGGGAGCGGCGGUGGCAGGGGUUGUGGCAGCUGUCACCGCUGCCGUCCCCACUGAACCGGCUUUCGCGGUGACCGCACUGCUGCCCGCUGUACUAACAGCGAGCGAGUGCAUUUUCGCUCCUUGGCGGGAUGAGUUCCGCGUUGUGGCGGGGGAGGCGGUACAGCGGGGUCAGCCGGUGCUCAUUAGCUACGGCAACCAGUCCAACGAUGCGCUGCUGCAACGGUACGGCUUCGUACAGUUGGAUGGCAACCCGCACGACAGGACGGUGGUUCUCACAGCGGCCGGUGCACCACAGCAGACGCUGCAGGCUGUGGCCGCCUUGCUGGCGAUGCUGGCGGAUCGUCGGUCCCAGGGCCCCUCGCAACCGGGGAAGCCUGACCUGCCGUCGAGAGGAGGAGCAUGCCGCAGCAAGCAGCAGAAGCAAUUGCUGCAGGAGCAGCUUGCAGGAGGACGAGGAAGCGCUGGCGCAGUUGGCUAA